CCACUGAAUCCAAACACACAGCUUUGUUUGUAACUAGCAAAUAUGUCUGGUCGUGGUAAGGGAGGCAAGGGUCUCGAGAAAGAAGGCGUUAAGCGUCAUAGGAAGGUGUUCAGGGAUAAUAUCCAGGGCAUUACGAAACCCGCUAUUUGCCGUUUGGCUCGUCGUGGGGGAGUGAAGCGUAUUUCAGGGCUCAUUUACGAGGAGACUCGCGGGGUGCUGAAAGUGUUUCUGGAGAACGUGAUCCGAGAUGCCGUUACUUACACCGAGCAUGCGAAGCGGAAGACUGUUACUGCUAUGGACGCUCUUUAUGCAUUGAAGCGCCAGGGUCAUACUGUGUAUGGAUUUGGAGGCUAAGCUGUGCCACUAAUUCUCUGAACCCAAACCACCAC